UGUCACAACUUUGGAGGUUCUCCGUGCAUCACAGCAUUGGGACUGUCACAACUCUGCAUCAAUCACAAUUGAUGGAUAUAAGCAUACAACAACAUGGCGGAUAUUAGAUAACGCGCAGGAGGAACCCAGUGUGUUGAGUGCCUGCAUCUGCUUUCCUUCAGCCUGGGAAUGUACACACAUUUGCCAGUGCUUUUCUGCGCGGUUUGAACGCAGGCAAAACAAGACAGAAGGCAGAGCGUGACCCUCGGACUGCGAGCACUGUUCAUUCAGACCUCAUAGCCAUGGGUGAAGGAAGGGGUUGAGCCUACAGUCACUUCAACCCGCACACGGACAUUCCAGGGGGAUAAAGCCAACCUAGUGGCUGUCAAAUACAGGGCAGUACACAAUGGACACGCUACAUCGGUCUGAAAAAUUGCUGCAACGUGUUAAGCGUAGAUUAGAUUCAGGGGCGAGCCGGAGCGAAAGUCUUUGCAUAUGCAGGUCGAACAUGAUGCUACUCACUCAAGGACGAGACCGGGUGCAGUGGAGUGAUGUGAUUUUUUUGUUUUCCUAAAAAAAAUAUACGUUUGCAGCAGCUCUUGGGACUCUCUCGCUCGUCCACUUGCAAACUGACACAAGGCUCGCUCUGAACAUUGUCAACGACGCGUUGCCAAAGAUUAACAGAGUGGGGCGGCGAGGGGUGCAUUUUGUGUGUGUGCGUUCUGCAACGCUGCUGUUCCUCAACCCUUCCAGCUGGCUUUGGAAAAGGAGCGACGCCGAGGUGAUUGGGGGCGCAGGGUAGCCUUUCGGUCACAUUCAGAAGGACCCGCGGUGCUAUCUUCAUUUCCGAACCGCGGGGCGGAGACCAUGAACGGCUUGGCUCCAAAGCUGCCUUCGGAGUGUAUACAUACACUGGACGUCGCCUGUUGCAGCGAUCGCUUGAAAGCGUGAUCCUUCGUCUUCAUUUAAAAUUACCGCUUGGGAAGAACCCCACCCCCCUCCUUCCCCUUCUCCCACCCAACCCCCAACCUUUUUGGCUUUGCUAAGUUUGUGUUUUCACUCCGCGAUCGCCCAAUACAUGUUUGCAGGCGGCAGUUUUAUGUCGCGGCCAUUGCGACUUUGAGGCAGGUCCUGGCCUCAGGAUAAACAAGAACAGUCAAGUUGUCUUAAAGACAGAGACGGACAGCUCUCCCCCUCUAUCACCACCCCCACCCCGUCCUUCUAUUUCCAGAACCCCGCGGUUUCCCAGUUUGUGCGUCGAGAGAGAGAGAAAGGCUCGAGUUGCCUCAUGUCCCGAGGAACAAGUCGCCCAAAGGACAACUUCACUGUGAAGAGACUCAAAAGUAUUUCUGGAAGAUUCUAACACCCCCAGGACACACACACACACACAAAAAAAGUUUGCGGGACCAGUUGAAAUUGGGAGCUGUUUUACCGUGCGGUCAUCCCGCUGCAGUUUAAUGAGUUGUGACUUUAUUUUAAUCGUGCAGGCGGGAUGCUGAACGCUGAACUGUCAUUGACUCUCUGUCCCUGGAUUCUGAAGCGCUACUUCCUCGCUUCCCUGUUCUUUCUCUUUCAGCUUUCUCAGGGCGAACUCCAGAAAUCAGGCGGGAGAUCGGUUUUUGAGACGGGGACUGACGACUGCCAUGAGAUCUGUUCGUGUCGACUACCCCCGUUACCCCCUCCACCGCCACCCCCUCCACCACCCAGGCAAUUCGUGUUUCCAACUGUAAAACCGACAGAUUAUCCUCCAUUAAAACCCUGGUGGACGGACAUCGUCAUUUUAAUUGCAGUGAGUUGCGCCAUUCUUGCUUUCCUGGUGAUAGCUGUCAUUAUCUGCUACAAAGCAAUAAAAAGGAAGCCGAUGCGGAAAGAAGAGAAUGGGACAAAUCGAGCUGAAUAUGCAAUGACCUCCCAAAAUGACAAAAUGCCAGAUUCAAAUAGUGCAAUCAUUUAACCUUUUUUUUUAAAGAAAACUGCCACAAAGUCGUUUCAAGACAGGCAAAUAGCUAGUUCAAUAUACACACAAUGUGCUUUGUGCAAAGGUUAAAACGGUGCUCUGAAGAUAAGGAUGUCAUUUCAAAAAAAAAGCGAGCCCAUCAGUUAUUCAGAGCAUAGAAACAGACUUCCCUUCAGUCACAUUGAUUGUGAAGUGAAGGAUAAGCCUGCCAAUCAAACUAAGUAAGGGACAGCUCUUUACAAAGGCAUAAUCGCUACUUGCAGCUUCCACCGAAACCAACAGCUUUAAGAUGCCUCAUCACCUGGGUGAAUCUCAACUAGUUCUUGCAAACAAUCUAGAAACUCUCUCUAAAGCAAUCUACUAGAAUAGUUAUAACUUGCUGUAUUCAGUUGCAAGUGGAGGUGCUCGUGUUGAAGCAUUUACUCACGUGACCUAGUGUCUUCAGAAUAAAACAGGUUACAGUAAAAGGAGGGAAGAUCACUUCCCAUGAAGCCAGUGAACUGACAGAGUGUUGGCGUCCACCACAAAAAGUGCAUCUGCAGUCUGAUUGACUAUGCAAUUUUCUUUUUCGGAAGACACCUCAUCAAAAUGUACUAAUUUUUUUCAGAAUAUACAGCCAGUAAAGUUUUGUGAAUCACUUUGUAAACAGGUGUUUUUUAAGCUUCAUUGGCACAUCAUAGUUUGACUUUAUUGGUAAAGCCUUUUUCACACUGGCAGGUUUAUCCCAGGUUGUUUUAGCAUUAUUUUAAAUCACAACAAAGUACUGUUAAUAGUAACAAACUUGGUAAAAUAUGAAGUUUCUUUUUUCAUGAGCAAAUCGAGCAUUUAUAUUUCAAGUGGAGCAUUGAUUUUCUAUAUCAAACAUGUACUGUGUAAUUAUUUAUAGAACUUUGAACACAAUGUUUUCUAAUAAGCAUUGGCAAUAGUCAUUGGUGGUUGAAUAGGUUCAAUAAGUUCAGUCAGGGCAGAUUUGUCAUCACUUCACACUUCUUUAAACUCUUUCAUUAUUUACAUUGAUGCUUUUCAGUUCUAGAUUUUUGUUUGUGUGAAUAUUUCUAAUAUCCUUUCCAUUGAAUUUUAAGGACUAUUGUACUUGCAAUUUUCAAAGAAAACUUUUUCCUACUUUUUAACCUAAGUAUAUGCUUUGCAAACAAACUGAUUUAGACUCAGUAGAAUUCUUUUCUCUGGCAGUUGAAAGAAAUUUGAAAUGUUUGUAUGUGUUGCUUUUUACAUGUAUGCUUCUAAGACUGAAAUGAGAUGCCUUCAAAUGCAAAAAUGUAGUCCAGUGUAAAAAAGGCUCCAGUUUACUCAACAUAUGACUAAAAUAUAUUUCUGGCUUUUUAGUGUUUUUAAUACUAAAGCCACAUUCCACUCUCCUUUAAUGGGGAAACAAUAAUGUAUUGUGAUAACUGCUUUUAGUAUUCAUUAAUGAGUUAAACAGUCUUGAUCUUAAUUGGAAAGUUCCUGAGUUAUUCCUUUUAGUUUUUGAUUAACACACAUAGAACAUGGCUACUUGUGACAUAUUCAAAUUGACUGCAUGCAAUAGUAAGAAUGUAUAUAGACUGAAUGUCAAAAUGAUGAGCAUGGCCCAGGUUCAGGAUCAUUUUUGAUUGUGUUUCUCCAAAUUAUUCUCCAAUCUUUUAGAAGUAUGAAGGUUUAUAAUCUUGUCAUGUCACUCAUACAGAUCUGUUCUUGUAAAUUCCUAAGCAAUGAAUCAACCUGUGCAAAUUAUCUACAAGCAUUCCUUCUUUCAACAACUGCUAGCCAGCCUGUGUACUUUUCUUCAGAUGAUUGUAAAGGAGUCAGAAAUUGGUUUAGCUGUUUUAUCACCUUGUUUGAAGUCGAUUAAAUUACACACAGGGUGAACACUUUAAACAGUGUCACUAUUCCUCCUAGAAUCUGCAUCCUUUCCAUAUGCAAGCUAGACAUUAUUUAACCAAUUCUCAAAUUUUGCUAGAUCCAAAUUCAUUGAUCUUGGAUGUCAAGAAAGUGUGGACUGCAGAAAGGGCUAUAACACUCUCCCUAAUUUCACAACUUUUGCGGGUGACUCAGCACAGGAUGUUGAUUUAUUCUGCUUUUUUUCAGCUUUGAGAGGGAUCCUUCAACUAGGUUUCUCAAUGUAAAACAAAUGCUCCAAUUCUGCUCUCAUUCAUUUUGGAAGGACUUUGCUAAUCAAUGAAGUAAUAAUUAAAUAUAACUAGAAUUUGAGAAAUAGGAAAAAUUCUUUUGGAAGUUGACUGCGAAAUGUGCAGAACACUGCUAAAUAUAUUUAGAAAUCUGAAGUAUUUCUGUUAUUGCUGUGUAUUUUUUCUGGUACAAUAAUGUCCAAUUAAACAUCAGUCAAUAAUCUGCUGUCACAAUAAUGGUGAUACUAAUGACUACGUCCAUUAUUUCUGUGCAAAUGCUACAACUUCAUUCAAGGGCAGAUGCACAAUUAAAUUCAAAUAUCCAAAAAUUGUUGCUUGGGUUGUGCCAUUUCACCAUUAGUUUUGUGCAAAUGUCAUGUUGCUAUCUAUCUCAGUAGGAAAAUUCAUUGAUUAUUGUGAAGUAUGCCAUGUAUGUCCAGUAAAAACAAACUCACCAUGGAAAGUUACAUUUUUUAAAUCUCCAAAUUCUAAAACUUGGAAGAAUGAUGUUCCAUACUUGCAAAACGUACUUUCCAGUAUGAGAGUGAUUGCUUGGCAAUACUAAGCACUACUGCAUGAUUAAAAGGGGCAUUUAGAUCAAAUAGACAAGACUUAACUUCGCAGAUAGCACAGAGCUUGAAUAUUGCUGAAAAAAGAGACGGUUGAACCUUUUCGUCUUAACCGAUGCAAGAAUGCCAAAUUUCUAAGAAAGCCUUAAUAUGUUCGGCAUGGGAAACAAAGUUCUGGUGUUGAUUUGUUGGCAAGUCAGAUUUGAAUGGUCAAGGCAUUGCCGUGAGAAUGCACAAGGGAGCUAUUUUUACCCCAGCCUUCUGUUCAAUUCAAAAAGGCACAAUACUUGAGCAAAUUAAUUUUGCCUGCAGUAGACAGAGUAUAAAAAUAUGAGUCGUUUCUACAAAAAUAGCUGAGCUAACUUUCGAAUUCGUAGCACACUCGGGAUUAUUUUGCAAGUGCUAGUUGAUUAUGGAAUUACAUUUACUAUUAGGCUUUAUGUAAGCCCGAUGAACAGCACACUCCUUUCUGCUGUUCGCAAUAGGCAGAGUACUGAUCAUACCUAACCAUAAUGUUUGAUACCCAGUCAGGCACACGUUGGAUAUAGGUCUCUCCUGCUGCCCAUUAGAUCUGAGCAGCAGAAGAUUGAGGCACUUAAAAUGGGCUUUGGUUGCCCACUUAAGUGUAUCAUUUGGGCCAUGAGUAAGCGGUCUAACCAGUGCCUUCGCAGUUUGUCAAAUCACAGUGGGGUCUGAUGGUCAGGCAGCGAGCAUGAUGUGAAUGGCAUUGUACCUAAUUUCUUUGGGUCUACCCAGCUGCUUUUCUGCCUACCAAUAUCCAGCAAAAGCUAGUUCAUGAUUCAGGUUUCUGAAAUUCCAUCAGAAAUUCCGUUUUAUUUUCUCCACUGAUGCUGUUUGACCAGCUGGUAUUCUGAAUGAUCUGUGUUUAUUUAAGAUUGGCAACAGUGUGCUCACCAAUCUUACUCAUUUUAAUCACAGUGGCAUUUUAAUGAUACACUAAAUGCUAGGUACUGCCAAGCAAUGCCUCUUAAUUUGACCAUUAAUUUUUGGAAAUGUGAAGGUUCAUUCCUCUAGAUUUUAAAUUAUGGAAGAUUCUUCUUGUGCCUGAUUUGAUAUUGAACCCACCCACACUAAUUUACACUUCCUGUUCAAUCCUUGCAUCACUAAUUUUACAUUCAUUUAUUCUGACUGGCUAAGGAGACCUACUCACCCACGGCACAGAUGUCCAGGUUUUCAUCACUGCAACAUUAUUAGUUUAGUUUCAAAAAAUGCCACGCAAAAAGACAUACAAGGGCAAGUUAACAAACAGUGGACAUUGGUUGCUCUGCCUUAACAAAUUUUGGUCAUUUUAUUUAUAUCAACUCAAAUAGCUGUAUAUAUGAUGGAUGAUGUGUUUAAAACAUUAGGAAAUAGGAGCAAGAGUAGGCUAUUCAGCCCCUUAAGCUUGCUGCACUGUUCUAUAACAAAACAGAUUAUCUGCCCCAGGCCUCAGCUCCUCA